AUUCAUUAGUUACCGUAAGAAAAGACAAAGUUGGCAUAAAUACGUGGGCAUGAAGGAACCACGUGGUUGCAGCUGGGUUCCUCAGUGAUAUAAAGCAGAGGAAGAUACAGCAGCAGGCAUAUACACACGCUGACAUACAGACAUUGUCGUCGCUGCCAUGGAGCCUGAAAUCCAACUGGAAUCUUUCCAUGUGUCCAGCACCAUGGGCUUUGUCCUGGACGAUCCAAAGACCGAUCUCCCAGAGUACUACCAGCCAUGGAUGACCAUCGCCAAGGACCUCCCCCAGCUGAUCCAAACUCAUCAGCUCCAGGACAGGGUCCAUAAGAUGCCGCUGUUGUGCACCACGCAUCUCCAAGGGCACAGAGAACAGAGGCUGGCACACCUGGCACUGGGCUUCAUCACCAUGGGCUAUGUGUGGCAGGAAGGAGAGCACCAGCCAGUCAAGACGCUCCCCAGGCAGCUGGCUGAGCCGUACUGCAAAGUGUCGGAGGCCUUGGACUUGCCGCCCAUCCUGGUCUAUGCAGACUGUGUGCUGGCCAACUGGAAGCUGAGGGACCCCACAGGCCCGUUCGAAAUUGGGAACAUGGACACCAUAUUCAAGUUUCCUGGGGAGGAAUCAUGCAGGGGCUUCUUCCUGGUCUCCCUGGUGGUGGAACAGGCUGCAUGCACAGGGAUGGAGGGAAUUGCCAUGACGAUGAACUCCAUGCUGACCCAGGACAAUCGUGGUGUGCAUGAUGGCCUAGAGAUGGUGAACAAAUCUCUGUUGAAGAUGAAGGAGAUGUUUGGACUCAUGCGCAGUCAUGUGAAGCCCGACGUCUUUUAUGGGACACUGCGGAUCUUCUUUACUGGUUGGAUGGACAACCCAGCCCUGCCCAAUGGGCUAUGCUAUGAGGGGCUCUUCACAAAGCAGUUGAGGGGGGGCAGCGCUGCCCAGAGCUCCAGCAUCCAAUGUUUUGAUGCUCUGUUGGGUGUCAAACAAGCGGAAACCUCAGCUGACAGCUACCUGAAGGACAUCCGCAGUUACAUGCCCCCAGCCCACCGGCACCUGAUCGAGGUCCUCCAGAGUCGGACUCCCUUGCGUUCGUACGUGGAGAAUUCUGGCGAGCAGGAUCUCAUCGACACCUACGACAAGUGUGUUGAGGCCCUGGUGGCCCUGCGAUGCUACCACCUGCAGGCUGUAAGCAGCUAUGUGUCUGCGCCCAGUAAGAGUGCACACAGGGGCGACCCCACCCCCAGGGAGGAAAAGGGCACAGGUGGCACAGAUGCCUUCCGUUUCCUGAAGAGCGUCCGGGACUCGACCAAGAAUGUCCUCAUUAGCCCUUGACAAGGCGUGCAUUUAUAUUUUGUGUUUGGCGCCGUCUAUCAGGUCUGGUUGAAAAUUGUUACGUAUUUAAUAGAUCUCUUACGUGUUAGAGUUCAAUGGUAAAAACCUGGAGCAGGAGAUGUUCGUGCAGUAGGCAUGCGAACAGCACAACCAGAACUUUCCAGAAACAUUUGUGCCUUGGAGCGCCUUUGCUUGUGAGUGUUCAUUGAGAUAAUAUAUCUAAGAGAUGUGUUGUCUGAUGUUAGCGAGCUACGCUAUGCUAAGAUCGCGUUAUGGAUGUUCAUUUGUGAAACAGCUACGCUAGUGUUUGGUUGUCUUUUGUGAACGACUACUAUGUGCAAGUUAUGUGAUUUAUGGAGAGAAGGUAGAAGGCAACAGACAUUUUAUUACGCAUGUUUUAUGUUUAAUUUCAGUUUUACCGGGAAUAAGUGAAUGAUCCAAAAAAUGGAAAAGAAAGAAGAAAGUUAAUGUUCAUUCAUGCAAAUAAAUCGAAGUAAGGAUAAAAACAA